AUGUUAACUAUGACGUCACUCUCAGCGAUUCUCACCGGAGAAGAAGAAGAACGGCGGUCGUCAGAGGAUGGCACACCCACACAUUCUCAUCGACGGCGCUGGAGCACUCCGAUCGGUUCCGGCGGGGAGUCAUUACAGCGCGUGAGAUCUCUGGAGAAAAACUCGGAUCACGAAGAUGGAGGUGUGUCUGGAGUUAAUCUUGACGAAUUUUUCUCGUGCUCAUCGGAUAACAGUUACAGUUUCUAUCUAGGAUCUCCGUGGGGACCGUCGGGACCGCCGCUACUUAGGGACUUGAGAUCGAGAUCAAACGCACCGCCACCGCAGAGGAAAGAGCCACGUGGAGACCAGAGGAGAGGAAGAAGCGUGACGAGGAAGCAAGACCUCCCACCAUUUCUGACGACGCUGGAUUGUAACGGACGGCCGAGAUUCCACCACAGGAGGGUGCGAAGCGAAGGACGGCUGGAGAUCGCCAGCGUGGCAGUCGAUUCACCGGAGAUCGUUAGUGUGCGUGGAAAAGAAGGUCUUAGAAUCGGAACAGUGAGAAGCAGUCAACAGCACGGAGAUGGAGAUGGAGAUGAUGGUCAACAGAAUCACUGA